AUGGACUUCACUAGCCUGAAGCCUGGAAACUACCAUCCCACAAACUUGUAUCGUAACCGGUUCGAGCUGCGGGGUCAGUCUUGCAACGUUUCGCAUCAUGAAGAUCAACGGUGGUAUUAUCUCGACGCGCAGCAGAACAGCGAGGUUACCUUCAUUAAGAUCUGGGAUAAUAAACCGGCGGUCACUGGAAAAGAAGAGGAAGGCAAAGAGAGAAUGGAGACAAUCUACCCCAUCAAUUGCGCUUGCACGCUAUCAGCGAUUCGCGUCCUGAUGCGCAUCGAACAACUCGGAGAUGUCAAAGUGGGGUUGGAGACAUUGCUGGAAGUGAUGGAGGAUGCAGAAACUCGGUGCUAUGCCGUUCUCAACUGCGCGGCAUGUUGCCAGCGGCGAUUCUCGCUGGCCAGUGUUACGGUUGUCAGCGCCACCGUGAUUGAAUGGGUACGUGGGACAGGGCUUGGAGCAGGUCUCGACCACACCGUAUCUCUCGGAGAUAUCCACCUGGAUCGGGCGGAUGCCGAAAUGCUAAGCCGGAAACUCAUGCAGCUUCAACUCCGGCACUUUGUACAAGUCAUGGCCCGACUUGAGAGUGCUCUCACCAGGACCAGGUCGGCGCACACGGCUGCAUACCAGGAUCUCGUCCGCGCUAAGAUGCAGGAGCUGCAGGAAUUUAAGCAGCAGGUCCCGAAAUGA